AUGUCAGUGAUCGACUGGGGCGUUGUAGCGCCCUGGACACGGUGUUCAUUUGUCCUUACUGGCGCCAGUGAGGGCGGACUCGGAGGUGCUACUGCUCUUGCUCUGGCAUCUGCACGACCCUCCCAUUUAGUUUUACUCGCUCGCACAGAGAACAAGGUGCGCACUGUCAUCUCCACAAUCAAAGAGAUUAGUCCCGAGACCCAGCCUGCUUUUGUGCACAUCGAACUUGAAGACCUUGACUCCGUUCGUCGGGCUGCAGCAGAUGUUCUUAGCCUUACCUCUAAGAUUGAUGUGCUGAUUAACAAUGCCGGUGUUAUGGCUAUCCCUUGGAGCAAGAGUAAAAGUGGUUUGGAAAAGACCCUAGCUAUUAACCAUAUUGGGCAUUUCCUCCUUACGAAACUGCUGAUGCCUUCUAUACUUGCCGCUGGCCCUGGAUCUCGCAUCGUCAAUGUCACCAGUGCAGCAUACCGCAUGGCGCCGUUUUUCUUCGAUGACUGGAAUUUCUCAGACGGCCAAACGUAUCACCCGUUGGCCGCGUACGGACAGUCCAAGACAGCGAAUAUCCUAUUCACGGUUGGCUUAGCACAGCGCUAUAAAGAGCAUGGCAUACUGUCAUUUGCGGCUCACCCUGGCUAUAUUCCGGGGACCUCCCUUCUCUUGCAUGGCCCCGACCUUGAUCCCAGCGCUAUGGAUGAAGUAGCCCGCAAGAAUACUGGAUUCCCAUUCGGUCCAGACCCGCCAAAGUCUCUGGAGCAGGGCAUCUCUACCACACUUGUAGCAGCAUUAUCCCCGGAGUUGACGGACGCAAGUGGUGCUUAUAUGGAAGAUUGUCAAGUUUGCGAGGCACGAGAGUACGCUAGGGAUCCCAAGCUGGCCGACCGGCUCUGGAGUCUAAGCGAGGAGCUCGCGAGUGAGGCUUUUUGA